CUUAAAGUGACAUACCAUUCUAAAAAAUUUUUGAGUUCAGUUGUGUUCUCCUCAGAAUUUGUUCGGGCUGGUGUAAAAUGUUUACAGUGGAUGCAGGUGCAGAAUCAGUAGUACCCAACGAGACUCCAGUAAAUAGCCAAUUCCACGAGCAGAAGCUGGUGGAGCACUUCUGCCGGCAGACGCAGCUGCUGAAGCUGGUCGAGGGCUCCUCUGGCCGGUUUGUGGCGAACUACAGGAACUCCCGGCGGCCGGAGGACCUGCUGGCCCCCAUCCAGCUGCUCCUUGACUUCGACUACGCUCGCCUGCUCGAGAUCGCGCCCAAGCUCCUUCAGCUGAUCGUCGAGGAACCGCUGCAGUUCCAGGAGGCCGUCCGGUACUCGGUUUACGGCCUGGUCAGGCAACAUCUCAAGGACGCCGGCCUGAAACCCAUCGAUAUCAACCAGCUGCACGCCCAGUGGCGCCUGGUGGGACUGCCCCUCAGCCCGGGCCUCCAGUUCGAGCCUCGGGACCAGUCGCUGCGCCUGGGCUUGUCCCAGGUCCAGGGCAUCCUGGCCGCCUUCACGCCGCAGGAGACCCUGGUCCUGCAAUCGAUUUGGUACUGCGGCAGCGGCUGCAUGCGCAAUGCCAUACAGACCUCCUCAACCGAUGCUCCCUUGUGUUCGGGCUGCUCGCGGCCCAUGAGUGAAUACCAAAAGCUGCGCGUAACCGAAACCUACCGAAUCCUGGCCAUCCUGCCCAGUGCUGCAGUGCAGACGCCUCGUAUUACCGGCUGCCUACAUCGCCCGAAGUUAAUCCGGCUGAGAGCCCACGCCCACGACUGCGAGUUGAAGCUAGGAUCUAGCUAUCUGAUUACCUGCUACUUUGCUGGAUCGUCCACCACCUACCAACUGGAAGCAUGCCAUCUAAGAGGCAUCUAGAGAACAGAGGCCGCCGCCGCCGCAAUGCCG